UGUUUUGUGAUGAAUGAGUUGAUAAUUAUGAAAAUACUUGAGUAAUAAUUUCCGUACAAAUUAUGAAUAAUUCAAGAAACAUGUCAUGAAUUUAAAGAAUGAUUUAAAUUUAUCUUUUAUAUCAAAAGUCAUGUCAGACAACGUUUUAUUUGCUUCAUCUAUGUUACCACUGAUUGAAACGCCAACCACUGGAGACAUUGUUGGCAAUGGUCUUGAUUUAGGUCCCAUUAGAGAACCGCUGUCCACAGUUAUACCGAUGACUAUAGUGUAUGCGCUUAUACUGAUCACUGGUGUUAUCGGUAAUAUCAUAACCUGUUUGGUGAUCUCACGUAAUCGAUACAUGCAUACGGCAACCAACUAUUAUCUAUUUAGUUUAGCCGUAUCUGACUUACUAUUAUUAGUGUUGGGUUUACCACAAGAGAUCUACCAGUUGUGGCACAGAUAUCCAUAUGCUUUGGGAGAAGUGUUUUGUGUGUUACGCGGCUUUACAUCGGAAGCGUCGACCAAUUCUUCAGUGCUGACAAUCACAGCAUUUACUAUAGAAAGAUAUGUAGCUAUUUGUCAUCCAUUGAAAGCCCAUACAAUGUCGAAGUUGUCGCGAGCCGUCAAACUUAUUAUCAUCAUAUGGUUUCUUGGACUCAUAUGUGCCGUUCCCAUAGCUUACCAGUUCGGCAUUGUUUACGACUAUAAUAGUGAUGGUGUAAUACAAGAGUCUGCCGCCUGUUCUAUAAAAAGAGUUAUACCUUAUCUUAAUGAACAUACGUUUACUAUAUCAUCAUUAUUGGUGUUUGUCAUCCCAGUGACCAUCAUAUCAGUCCUUUAUAUGUUAAUUGGUCUCAAACUAAGAUUCUCGGCAGCCGUCAGAAACAAACAGAUGACGAGUAACUCUAAAAAUGAAUGCGAACUAACCGUUCGCAAUGGAUCCACACAUUCCAGAUACCAGUCCUCUAAAAGACCGAUUGAGCACAAGAGCUCAUCCAAUAGCACAAACAGUUUGGCUCAACGCAGAGCUGUCAUCAAAAUGUUAAUUGCAGUUGUGGUCGCAUUUUUCGUGUGUUUCGCUCCCUUUCACGCACAAAGAUUAAUGGCUAUAUAUGUGAAAAAUCCAACACAAUCUGAAAUAAUAUUUCAUUCAAUACUAUCGUAUAUAAGUGGCGUUACAUACUAUUUAAGUGCAACCAUUAAUCCCAUCCUAUACUCUAUAAUGUCUGUAAAGUUUCGUCAGGCCUUUAAAGAUACAUUCAUGAAAUGUUUUGUCAAACAGAGGACAUCCAAUAGAUUGGGUAAGUUUGUGGGCUCGACCUCAUCGUACUCUCACAUUAGGUUCAACAGUAAAUUGAAGUCAAACCUAAGCCGUACAGAAAUGUCUCAGUGUUUGUCUGAUAAUAAGGCCAACGAUUCAAACAAUAACUCAUCGAUCAAUAUAAACAAAAAACAAGCAAAUGGUGACAUUAUCUCUGAUUUCAUACCACUUUCCCGUUAUAGCCAACAAUACAAAAAUGUGUGAAAAUAUAUGUAUUAUUGCUUUUUUAC